CAAACACGGCAUACUUCCAUAGCACUAUUAAAGAAAGAAGGAGAAGGCUUACAAUCAAGAAAAUAAUGGAUCAAGAGGAGCAAUGGAUUGAGGGUAACGAACCCAUUGCUGAAGCUGCAGUCAGAUUCUACAAGAAAUUAUUUGAGAGGGAGAAUCAUAAUAACUACUAUGAUGCCCUGAACUGUCUUGAGAGAUGCAUAACAGAGGAAGAUAAUGACAAUCUCACUGGUAUUCCCACCAUUCAAGAGGUCAAAAAUAUUGUCUUCUCCAUUGACACUGACAGUGCACCUGGGCCUGAUGGCCUUCGUGGGUGCUUCUAUCAAAGAUCUUGGAGCAUCAUUGCUAAUGACCUUCAUAGAGCUGUUAUGGCAUUUUUCAAAGGUGCCAUUCUCCCCAAGUUUUACACUCACACUUGCCUUAUUAUGAUUCCUAAAGUGGAUCAUCCUCAGAAAUUUAGUGACUUGAGACCAAUUAGUUUGUGCAAUGUCUCUAGUAAAAUAAUUGCUAAGAUUCUAAAUGCUAGAUUGGCUAACAUCUUACCCCGGAUCAUUUCCAAAAACCAAAGUGGUUUUGUUAAGGGCAGAGCCAUCACUGAAAGUAUCCUUUUAGCACGAGAGAACAUCAAUGACAUAAAAAAACCUAACAGGGGAGGAAAUGUAGUCAUAAAACUUGAUAUGACUAAAGCUACGAUAGAGUAUCAUGGCCCUUCCUUUGUAUGGCCUCGAGGAAAAUGGGUUUCUCUGAAAUAUGGGUGGAACUCAUUCACAGGUAUAUCUCCAACAAUUGGUACUCAAUGGUUGUAAAUGGAGAAAGACAUGGUUU